AUGUUCUUCGCUAAGGUCAGCUGCUUUUAUUGCACCUGAAAGUGAAACAUUGUUUACCUGGUCAGGUAGGUAGCUAGCUAGCUAGGUAGCCAUUUGAGUGUAGAGUGGAGGUAGGCACUACGUGAGAGUUGUAUGUCUUGUGUGAAAUGUGCAUGCUGUUAGAACAGCAUGUUUUCUAGUUUCCCUUGCACACUACUGUAGGCUAGCCUACAUCUUACACACUGUUUCUGCAGGUGACGUUAGCAGUCUUUGUUUGGACACACCCACGUCCCAUGGUUGUUGUUACAUACCCUUCCCGACACACACACGUCUUUGGAUCCUAAAUACAGGGAAGUCCUCCUAGACAACCUGUUCUACAGAACACCAUUUAUGUACAGGUGUCAUCUCUCGAGCCCCAAUCAGUCAGUAUGUUCUAGUGUUGUGUAUGCUGCCAAAAUGUUAUUGAUAGAAACAUUGUUGGACCGGAAGAAUAUAGAUUUGAUUUGUUCGAAUGGUCAAAAAUCGCAAUAUUAAACAAUUACUCUUAAGUGUCCUCUGGAUGUGAUUUAUUGCUGGGCAUUGCCUAGCCCUUGAUAAUCUCUCAGUUCCAUUACAUUACACAUACAGUGCAUUCGGAAAGUAUUCAGACCCCUUGACUUUUUCCAAAUUGUAUUAUGGUAUAGCCUUAUUCUAAAAUGUCAAUCUACACACAACAUAAUGACAACGUUUUUUUUAUAUAUAUAUAUAUAUAUAUAUAUAUAUUACAUAAAUGCCUUAUUUACAUAAUUAUUCUGAUCCUUUGCUAUGAGACUCGAAAUUGAGCUCAGGUGCAUCCUGUUUCCAUUGAUCAUCCUUGAGAUCGUUCUACUUCAUUGGAGUCCACCUGUGGUAAAUUCAAUUGAUUGGACAUGAUUUGGAAAGGCACACACCUGUCUACAUAAGAUCCCACAGUUGACAGUGCAUUUCAGAGCAAAAACCAAGCCACGAGGUCGAAGGAAUUGUCCGUAGAGCUCUGAGACAGGAUUGUGUCGGCACAGAUCUGGGGAAGGGUACCAAAGAAUGUCUGCAGCAUUGAAGGUCCCCAAGAACACAGUGGCCUCCAUCGUUCUUAAAUCGAAGAAGUUUGGAACCACCAAGACUCUUCCUAGAGCUGGCCGCCCUUGCCAAACUCAAUAUCUGGGGAGAAGGGCCUUGGUCAGGGAGGUGACCAAGAACCCAAUGGUCACUGACAGAGCUCCAGAGUUCCUCUGUGCAGAUGGGAGAACAUUCCAGAAGGACAACCAUCUCUGCAGCACUCCACCAAUCAGGCCUGUAUGGUAGAGUGGCCAGACGGAAGCCACUCCUCAGUAAAAGGCACAAGACAGCCCGCUUGGAGUUUGCCAAAAGGCACCUAAAGGACUCAGACCAUGAGAAACAAGAUUCUCUGUUCUGAUGAAACAAAUAUCAAACUCUUUGGCCUGAAUGCCAAGCGUCACAUCUGGAGGAAACCUGGCACCAUCCCUACGGUGAAGCAUGGUGGUGGCAGCAUCAUGCUGUGGGGAUGUUUUUCUGCGGCGGGGACUGGGAGACUAGUCAGGAUCGAGGGGAAAGAUGAACGGAGCAAAGUACAGAGAGAUCCUUGAUGAAAACCUGCUCCAGAGCGCUCAGGACCUCAGACUGGGGUGAAGGUUCAUCUUCCAACAGGACAAUGACCCUAAGCACACAGCCAAGACAACGCAGGAGUGGCUUCGGGACAUGUCCUUGAGUGGCCCAGCCAGAGCUCAGACUUGAACCUGAUCGAACAUCUCUGGAUAGACCUGAAAAUAGCUGUGCAGCGACGCUCCCCAUCCAACCCGACAGAGCUUGAGAGGAUCUGCAGAGAAGAAUGGGAGAAACUCCCUAGAUACAAGUGUGCCAAGCUUGUAGCGUCAUACCCAAGAAGACUCAAGGCUGUAAUCGUUGCCAAAGGUGCUUCAACAAAGUACUGAGGAAAGGGUCUGAAUACUUAUGUAAAUGUGAUAUUUCAGUUAUGAUUUUUAAUUUGCAAAAAUUUCUAACCCUGUUUUUGCUUUGUCGUUAUGGGGUAUUGUGUGUAGAUUGAGAGAGGGAACUAUGUAAUCCAUUUAAAAAUAAGGCUAUAACGUAACAGUGGAAAAAGUCAAGGGGUCUGAAUACUUUUCAAAUGCACUGUAAGUCAGUGGAUGAAGACAGACAGAAAACAGAGAGAACGCCUAUGCUAAUUAGCUAUUUAGCAAAUCAUGCUCCGAACACCUGUGUGUGUGUGUGUGUGUAUUGGAAGAAGGCAGCCAGAAACAUGUUGUCACUGAAAAAUACUGUCGGCUGCAACAGUGAUAAAGCCGGUUAAAACAGUGUACAAUCAGUGUAUAUUUUGCGUUUGUGAAAUUAUUUUGAUGUGAAAUGAAAGUAAAGGGCUUUAUGAUUCUGUAACCGUAUCGCAAUCGAGAAUCCAUUUACUUUUAGAUGGAGAAUCUGGCUGUUUUGGCUGCCUGAGCCAGUCUACCUCUGAAAAUAGCAUAUUUGGACCUUAAGGAGCAACGGUAGGCUCCUGAAGAGUACAUCUUGGGCUAGCUAGGCAAUUCCACGGUAACAGUGACCCUGAGACUCAGAUUGUUCCCUUUAAAAUGUAUGUCGAACAAAAAACCAAUGAUUGCAACGUUAAACAAACCAUACAACUCAUUGCACAAGGACGACUUUUAACAAUUUCCACUGUAAAAUUUACAAACCCAUUUACUUGAACAGUGCAGAUGCAAAGUUUGGUAACAGAAUGACUGCACAAACCACACACAACCUUCAUUCUGUUACCAAACACUGCAGCUGCACUGUUCUUCAAGUAAACAUGUUUUUGUAAAAUGUUCUGUUGAAAUUGUUAAAAGUAGUCGUUGUGCGUAGAGUUGUAUGGUUUGUUUAACUUUGCAAUCAUUGGUUUUUGUUUGGCAAUACAUCUUUAAGUGAAAAAUCGGAGUCUCCGUGUCGCUCGAUUACCAUGGAAAUUGCCCUGCUGUUAUCAGAAUUUCUGCAGAGCGUAUCGCCGUAGGAUUGCAUUGCAUUGACCGGCAGAGCGGUCUUUCAGUCAUCCCGGCUGCGAGAUGCACUAGUGAGAUCAAAGAGCAGAUCCACAUUUAGCCGCGUGCGCACAUUUUGUUGAUAUUGCUUGUUAAUUAGUGAAUUAUUUGCACAGUUAUAGCACAUUUUUGGUCAGCAAACAGGCUUCGUACGGUCAUGAAAAUCCUGGUGUAAAUUAAUUACAGCGGUAGCCAAUUCAACACACAUCAUGUGUGCUGGCUAGCAGGGGUGAAACUUUGGUUUCAGAAGUGGGGGAGACAUAAUAAAUAUAUAUAUAUUUAUAUAUUACAGUGAGGGGGAAAAAGUAUUUGAUCCCCUCCUGAUUUUGUAUGUUUGCCCACUGACAAAGAAAUGAUCAGUCUAUAAUUGUAAUGGUAGGUUUAUUUGAGCAGUGAGAGACAGAAUAACAACAACAAAAAUCCAGAAAAACGCAUGUAAAAAAUGUUAUACAUUGAUUUGCAUUUUAAUGAGGGAAAUAAGUUUCUGACCCCUCUGCAAAACAUUACUUGGUGGCAAAACCCUUGUUGGCGAUCACAGAGGUCAGACGUUUCUUGUAGUUGGCCACCAGGUUUGCACACAUAUCAGGAGGGAUUCUGUUCCACUCCUCUUUGCAGAUCUUCUCCAAGUCAUUAAGGUUUCGAGGCUGACGUUUGGCAACUCGAACCUUCAGCUCCCUCCACAGAUUUUCUAUGGGAUUAAGGUCUGGAGACUGGCUAGGUCAUUCCAGGACCUUAAUGUGCUUCUUCUUGAGCCACUCCUUUGUUGCCUUGGCCGUUUGUUUUGGGUCAUUGUCAUGCUGGAAUAGCCAUCCACGACCCAUUUUCAAUGCCCAAGAUUUGACGGUACAUGGCCCCGUCCAUCGUCCCUUUGAUGCGGUGAAGUUGUCCUGUCCCCUUAGCAGAAAAACACCCCCAAAGCAUAAUGUUUCCACCUCCAUGUUUGACGGUGGGGAUGGUGUUCUUGGGGUCAUAGGCAGCAUUCCUCCUCCUCCAAACACGGCGAGUUGAGUUGAUGCCAAAGAGCUCGAUUUUGGUCUCAUCUGACCACAACACUUUCACCCAGUUCUCCUCUGAAUCAUUCAGAUGUUCAUUGGCAAACUUCAGACAGCCCUGUAUAUGUGCUUUCUUGAGCAGGGGGACCUUGCGGGCACUGCAGGAUUUCAGUCCUUCACGGCGUAGUGUGUUACCAAUUGUUUUCUUGGUGACUAUGGUCCCAGCUGCCUUGAGAUCAUUAACAAGAUCCUCCCGUGUAGUUCUGGGCUGAUUCCUCACCGUUCUCAUGAUCAUUGCAACUCCACAAGGUGAGAUCUUGCAUGGAGCCCCAGGCCGAGGGAGAUUGACAGGUCUUUUGUGUUUCUUCCAUUUGCGAAUAAUCAUUGUCACCUUCUCACCAAGCUGCCUGGCGAUGGUCUUGUAGCCCAUUCCAGCCGUGUGUAGGUCUACAAUCUUGUCCCUGACAUCCUUGGAGAGCUCUUUGGUCUUGGCCAUGGUGGAGAGUUUGGAAUCUGAUUGAUUGCUUCUGUGGACAGGUGUCUUUUAUACAGGUAACAAGCUGAGAUUAGGAGCAGUCCCUUUAAGAGUGUGCUCUAAUCUCAGCUCGUUACCUGUAUAAAAGACACCAGGGAGCCAGAAAUCUUUCUGAUUUGAGAGGGGGUCAAAUACUUAUUUACCUCAUUAAAAUGCAAAUCAAUUCAUAACAUUUUUUACAUGCGUGUUUCUGGAUUUUUUUGUUGUUAUUGUCUCUCACUGUUCAAAUAAACCUAACAUUAAAAUUAUAGACUGAUCAUUUCUUUGUCAGUGGGCAAACGUACAAAAUCAGCAGGGGAUCAAAUACUUUUUCCCCCUCACUAUCUAUAUAUACAGUGGGGAGAACAAGUAUUUCAUAGACUGCCGAUUUUGCAGGUUUUCCUACUUACAAAGCAUGUAGAGGUCUGUAAUUUUUAUCAUAGGUACACAUCAACUGUGAGAGAUGGAAUCUAAAACAAAAAUCCAGAAAAUCACAUCGUAUGAUUUUUAAGUAAUUAAUUAGCAUUUUAUUGCAUGACAUAAGUAUUUGAUCACCUACCAACCAGUAAGAAUUCCGGCUCUCACAGACCUGUUAGUUUUUCUUUAAGAAUCCCUCCUGUUCUCCACUCAUUACCUGUAUUAGCUGCACCUGUUUGAACUCGUUACCUGUAUAAAAGACACCUGUCCACACACUCAAUCAAACAGACUCCAACCUCUCCACAAUGGCCAAGACCAGAGAGCUGUGUAAGGACAUCAGGGAUACAAUUGUAGACCUGCACAAGGCUGGGAUGGGCUACAGGACAAUAGGCAAGCAGCCUGGUGAGAAGGCAACAACUGUUGGCGCAAUUAUUAGAAAAUGGAAGAAGUUCAAGAUGACGGUCAAUCACCCUCGGUCUGGGGCUCCAUGCAAGAUCUCACCUCGUGGGGCAUCAAUGAUCAUGAGGAAGGUGAGGGAUCAGCCCAGAACUACACGGCAGGACCUGGUCAAUGACCUGAAGAGAGCUGGGACCACAGUCUCAAAGAAAAACAUUAGUAACACACUACGCCGUCAUGGAUUAAAAUCCUGCAGCACACGCAAGGUCCCCCUGCUCAAGCCAGCGCAUGUCCAGGCCCGUCUGAAGUUUGCCAAUGACCAUCUGGAUGAUCCAGAGGAGGAAUGGGAGAAGGUCAUGUGGUCUGAUGAGACAAAAAUAGAGCUUUUUGGUCUAAACUCCACUCGCCGUGUUUGGAGGAAAAAGAAGGAUGAGUACAACCCCAAGAACACCAUCCCAACCGUGAAGCAUGGAGGUGGAAACAUCAUUCUUUGGGGAUGCUUUUCUGCAAAGUGGACAGGACGACUGCUCCGUAUUGAGGGGAGGGUGGAUGGGGCCAUGUAUCGCAAGAUCUUGGCCAACAACCUCCUUCCCUCAGUAAGAGCAUUGAAGAUGGGUCGUGGCUGGGUCUUCCGGCAUGACAACAACCCGAAACACACAGCCAGGGCAACUAAGGAGUGGCUCCGUAAGAAGCAUCUCAAGGUCCUGGAGUGGCCUAGCCAGUCUCCAGACCUGAACCCAAUAGAGGGAGCUGAAAGUCCGUAUUGCCCAGCGACAGCCCCGAAACCUGAAGGAUCUGGAGAAGGUCUGUAUGGAGGAGUGGGCCAAAAUCCCUGCUGCAGUGUGUGCAAACCUGGUCAAGACCUACAGGAAACGUAUGAUCUCUGUAAUUGCAAACAAAGGUUUCUGUACCAAAUAUUAAGUUCUGCUUUUCUGAUGUAUCAAAUACUUAUGUCAUGCAAUAAAAUGCAAAUGAAUUACUUAAAAAUCAUACAAUGUGAUUUUCUGGAUUUUUGUUUUAGAUUCCGUCUCUCACAGUUGAAGUGUACCUAUGAUAAAAAUUACAGACCUCUACAUGCUUUGUAAGUAGGAAACACUGCGAUUUUGCAGGUUAUCAAAUACUUGUUCUCCCCACUGUGUGUGUGUGUGUGUGUGUGUGUGUGUGUAUGUGUGUAUGUAUGUAUGUAUGUGUGUGUGAUGUGAUAUAUAUAUAUAUAUAUAUAUAUAUAUAUAUAUAUAUAUAUAUAUAUAUAUAUAUAUAUAUAUACAGGUAAAAGUCAGUAAAUUAGAAUAUUUUGAAAAACUUGAUUUAUUUCAGUAAUUGCAUUCAAAAGGUGUAACUUGUACAUUAUAUUUAUUCAUUGCACACAGACUGAUGCAUUCAAAUGUUUAUUUCAUUUAAUUUUGAUGAUUUGAAGUGGCAACAAAUGAAAAUCCAAAAUUCCGUGUGUCACAAAAUUAGAAUAUUACUUAAGGCUAAUACAAAAAAGGGAUUUUUUAGAAAUGUUGGCCAACUGAAAAGUAUGAAAAUGAAAAAUAUGAGCAUGUACAAUACUCAAUACUUGGUUGGAGCUCCUUUUGCCUCAAUUACUGCAUUAAUGCGGCGUGGCAUGGAGUCGAUGAGUUUCUGGCACUGCUCAGGUGUUAUGAGAGCCCAGGUUGCUCUGAUAGUGGCCUUCAACUCUUCUGCGUUGUUGGGUCUGGCAUUCUGCAUCUUCCUUUUCACAAUACCCCACAGAUUUUCUAUGGGGCUAAGGUCAGGGGAGUUGGCUGGCCAAUUUAGAACAGAAAUACCAUGGUCCGUAAACCAGGCACGGGUAGAUUUUGCGCUGUGUGCAGGCGCCAAGUCCUGUUGGAACCUGAAAUCUCCAUCUCCAUAGAGCAGGUCAGCAGCAGGAAGCAUGAAGUGCUCUAAAACUUGCUGGUAGACGGCUGCGUUGACCCUUGAUCUCAGGAAACAGAGUGGACCGACACCAGCAGAUGACAUGGCACCCCAAACCAUCACUGAUGGUGGAAACUUUACACUAGACUUCAGGCAACGUGGAUCCUGUGCCUCUCCUGUCUUCCUCCAGACUCUGGGACCUCGAUUUCCAAAGGAAAUGCAAAAUUUGCUUUCGUCAGAAAACAUGACUUUAGACCACUCAGCAGCAGUCCAGCUCUUUUUUUCCUUAGCCCAGGUGAGACGCUUUUCGCGCUGUUUCUUGGUCAACAGUGGCUUGACACGAGGUAUGCGGCAGUUGAAACCCAUGUCUUUCAAGCGUCUCUUGGUGGUGGAUCUUGAAGCCCUGACUCCAGCAGCUGUCCACUCCUUGUGAAUCUCCCCCACAUUUUUGAAUGGGUUUUUUUUUCACAAUCUUGACUAGGGCGCGGUGAUCCCUAUCGCUUGUACACUUUUUCUGACCACAGUUUUUCCUUCCCUUUGCCUCUCUAUUAAUGUGUUUGGACACAGAGCUCUGAGAACAGCCAGCCUCUUCUGCAAUAACCUUUUGUGUCUUUCCCUCCUUGUGCAAUGUGUCGAUGGUCGCCUUUUGGACAGCUGUCAAAUCUGAAGUCUUCCCCAUGUUUGUGUAGGCUUCAGAACUGGACUGAGAGACCAUUUAAAGCCCUUUGCAGGUGUUUUGAGUUAAUCAGCUGAUUAUUUUGUGGCACCAGGUGUCUUCAAAAUGUAACCCUUACACAAUAUUCUAAUUUUGUGACACACGGAAUUUUGGAUUUUCAUUUGUUGCCACUUCAAAUCAUCAAAAUUAAAUGAAAUAAACAUUUGAAUGCAUCAGUCUGUGUGCAAUGAAUAAAUAUAAUGUACAAGUUACACCUUUUGAAUGCAAUUACUGAAAUAAAUCAAGUUUUUCAAAAUAUUCUAAUUUACUGACUUUUACCUGUGUAUAUAUAUAUAUAUAUAUAUCUCAUAUAUAUAUAUAUACACACACACACACACACACACACACACACACACACACACACACACACACACACACACACACACACACACAGUGGGGGAAAAAAGUAUUUAGUCAGCCACCAAUUGUGCAAGUUCUCCCACUUAAAAAGAUGAGAGAUGCCUGUAAUUUUCAUCAUAGGUACACGUCAACUAUGACAGACCAAAUGAGAGAGAAAAAAUCCAGAAAAUCACAUUGUAGGAUUUUAAAUGAAUUUAUUUGCAAAUUAUGGUGGAAAAUAAGUAUUUGGUCAAUAACAAACGUUUCUCAAUACUUUGUUAUAUACCCUUUGUUGGCAAUGACACAGGUCAAACGUUUUCUGUAAGUCUUCAAGGUUUUCACACACUGUUGCUGGUUUUUUGGCCCAUUCCUCCAUGCAGAUCUCCUCUAGAGCAGUGAUGUUUUGGUGCUGUCGCUGGGCAACACAGACUUUCAACUCCCUCCAAAGAUUUUCUAUGGGUUUGAGAUCUGGAGACUGGCUAGGCCACUCCAGGACCUUGAAAUGCUCCUUACGAAGCCACUCCUUCGUUGCCCGGGCGGUGUGUUUGGGAUCAUUGUCAUGCUGAAAGACCCAGCCACGUUUCAUCUUCAAUGCCCUUGCUGAUGGAAGGAGGUUUUCACUCAAAAUCUCACGAUACAUGGCCCCAUUCAUUCUUUCCUUUACACGGAUCAGUCGUCCUGGUCCCUUUGCAGAAAAACAGCCCCAAAGCAUGAUGUUUCCACCCCCAUGCUUCACAGUAGGUAUGGUGUUCUUUGGAUGCAACUCAGCAUUCUUUGUCCUCCAAACACAACGAGUUUAGUUUUUACCAAAAAGUUAUAUUUUGGUUUCAUCUGACCAUAUGACAUUCUCCCAAUCCUCUUCUGGAUCAUCCCAAUGCAGUCUAGCAAACUUCAGACGGGCCUGGACAUGUACUGGCUUAAGCAGGGGGACACGUCUGGCACUGCAGGAUUUGAGUCCCUGGCGGCGUAGUGUGCUACUGAUGGUAGGCUUUGUUACUUUGGUCCCAGCUCUCUGCAGGUCAUUCACUAGGUCCCCCCGUGUGGUUCUGGGAUUUUUGCUCACCGUUCUUGUGAUCAUUUUGACCCCACGGGGUGAGAUCUUGCGUGGAGCCCCAUAUCGAGGGAGAUUAUCAGUGGUCUUGUAUGUCUUCCAUUUCCUAAUAAUUGCUCCCACAGUUGAUUUCUUCAAACCAAGCUGCUUACCUAUUGCAGAUUCAGUCUUCCCAGCCUGGUGCAGGUCUACAAUUUUGUUUCUGGUGUCCUUUGACAGCUCUUUGGUCUUGGCCAUAGUGGAGUUUGGAGUGUGACUGUUUGAGGUUGUGGACAGGUGUCUUUUAUACUGAUAACAAGUUCAAACAGGUGCCAUUAAUACAGGUUACUAGUGGAGGACAGAGGAGCCUCUUAAAGAAGAAGUUACAGGUCUGUGAGAGCCAGAAAUCUUGCUUGUUUGUAGGUGACCAAAUACUUAUUUUCCACCAUAAUAUGCAAAUAAAUUCAUUAAAAAUCCUACAAUGUGAUUUUCUGGAAUUUUUUUAAUCAAUUUGUCUGUCAUAGUUGACGUGUACCUAUGAUGAAAAUUACAGGCCUCUCUUUAAGUGGGAGAACUUGCACAAUUAAAUACUUUUUUCCCCCACUGUGUGUGUGUGUGUGUGUGUGUGUGUGUGUGUGUGUGUGUGUGUGUGUGUGUGUGUGUGUGUGUGUGUGUGUGUGUGUGUGUGUGUGUGUGUGUGUGUGUGUGUGUGUGUGUGUGUGUGUGUGUGUGUGUGUGUGUGUGUGUGUGUGUGUGUGUGUGUGUGUGUGUGUGUGUGUAUAUAUAUAUAUAUAUAUAUAUAUAUAUAUAUAUACUUUUUUUUUUUUUUUUUUUUAUCCAGUCGGAUAAACACUCCAAACAGCCUACCCGACCACUUGGAGGCAUCCACAUGGUCCUAAAGCACAAUGUUGCCUCGUUUUGUAUCACAUGUAUCACACAGUCCCCAGUGGAAGUUGCGCCCCUGCUGGCAAGUUAUCUCAGUAGUUAACUAUUUAGCCAUGAUCAUGUAUUAGUCUAAUUGUCAUGUAUGAUAUCCUAAACUUUCCAUCGGCAUAACCUUAAAUGGCGACACUCUGUUGAUUAAAACAAUGCUUAGCCUACUCCGGUUGUAAAACAGCAUCUCCAGCGCCCAAUAUUGGGAGCUGAGAAAUUACUAACACUGUUGAAAAGCUGGGAUUCCCCUCUAUUCAACAUUGGUCAUGUCAUUCUGACAACUUUCAAAUAUAUUCCUAGAACAGCCUAAUGGAAAAAUAUCUCCCAUGCUGUCAAUAGAUCUCCUCUGAAACCUGAAUAUUUAAGCCUUACAAGGUUAUAAAUAAACAUCUUCAUUAGUUACCUUGCUUUGAAGUAGCCUACUUUAGCCAUUUGAUCCCAGAUUCAUUGAUUGAGGAAAUUAUUUUAUAAAGAAAUAAAACAAAACAUAUUUGGUUGUAAUUUAAAAAAUGAAAUAUGUCAUAGCCUAUGAAUGGUGGCCAACCAACCGUCAGGAGAGCCUUGAAGGGGCUGUGUUGUAUUUUGAUACCGGCUUGAAUAUGCAAAGAAGCCAAUAAGCAGAGAGUAGCCUACAUUUUUGUCUGAUUCUCUGUAUGGUGAUGGACCUAAUAAUGAUAAUAAUGAAUCUCUGUAUGGUGAUAGGCCUAAUAGUGAUAAUAAUGAAUCUCUGUAUGGUGAUAGGCCUAAUAGUGAUAAUAAUGAAUCUCUUUAUGGUGAUGGACCUAAUAAUGAUAAUAAUUAAUCUCUGUGUGGUGAUAGGCCAAAUAAUGAUAAUAAUGAAUGUUAUUCAUUAAAGUGGUUCCUUGCAUCAUACAAAACCAUUUUCACUUUUCAGACCAUUUUUUUAUUUUUGGAGAUGUGACUUGAGCUUUCGGAAAAGUAAAAAAAACUGUUGUACUUGUCUAAAGGACAAGUGGCUAAAAAGAGUUACUUUCAAACCCUGUGUAUGUGUGGGCCAAUAUUUUGUGCUUGAUUCUAGAUUAUGCAUUAUUUUGUCACGGGACAAAUAAAUUGUGAUUGUCUCUUGUCUCCAACAGCCUUGUUCCAGUAUGUGUCGUCAGAGUCCCGGGAGUUUGAAGACAUCUUGACUGUCCUGUCUUCCAACUACAGAGAAGCCAGCUCCAACGGGAUGUUCAUGUACACCAAGCCAAGACUGGUCCACAGUGAACUGCUGGAGAAGGAUGUAAGCAAUGCUUUAGGCCGGGUGACAUCAUACAGAAAUGCCAUUCAUCUGCAGCGCAGAUGUUUUUUAAUCUUUUCGAUCAUUGUUUGAUUGACAGUUUGUAGAGAAAAGGAGGGAGCUGAAGCUGGAUGGGAGGACAGAGAAGGAGCUGGAGGAGACCCACUGUUUCCUGAUGGCUGACGCCACCAAGGUAAGAACCUGUAGUAUUUACACAUUUCUAUGUACGAUUGAGUGUACAUAUUACAUAUGAUAAUACUGUUAUACCCCUGGUUAUAGCUGCCAUGGAUCUGUGAGAAGGGCCUGCUUGUGGGGCACAGCUGGAUCACAGCUCUGGGGAACCCUGCCAAGGGUAAGGUCAUCGUCCAAGCACUUUUGGGUUAUUUAAACCUGACGAAGUGUUGGCAAUGUAUCUUUGGUGUAGUUAUUGAAGUUGGUAUGUGUAAUACAGAGAUUUCUAAACUGAAGUGAGGCUAAUUGUAGAAAAAAAUAUUGGGAUAGUAAAACAGUUAUAAGGAGGAAUAAGACUGAAUUGUUUCUGUUUUGUCUUUCAGGUGUUUAUCUGUCUAAAAACUCAGACUUACUGCAGAUCAAUCCCUUUAACCCUGGAGUCAUGGGAGAGAUCAUCAUAUUCAAGGUCAUCAGGGUAAGAAACGACCAUCGUUGUUGUUUUUCUCAAAAGGUUUGUCGUCCUUACGUGGUCAGGAAAAAUUCAAGGCCGUUUUGAACAUGUAAAUGAAAGUGCUCUCUCUCUCACACACACACACACACACUCACACACACACACACACACACACACAGGGUAAAGUGAAGAGCAUCUAUGAGAACAUGUCAAAGAACCUUCUGGACCCCACGCCCAAGUUUGACAGCCAUUUCUCCAAGAACGCCAGCAAAGUGACAUCUCUCACCUCUUAUAGAGCUUACGAGCUUACUCAGGUAAAUGCUGGUAUUAACAACAUUGUGUGUAGAGGAUAGGGCUCAGUAGAUGUGUUAUACCGGUUACUUACUGAUAUUCUGUUUGUUUGGAAAACAAACAUCUGUAAAUCAAACUGAAAUGCAAGUGCGGCAUUAAGGUUUCUUGUUUAAGUCAUCAUACUGUCUCUUCAUACCAGAAGUCCCAUUCUGUCCUGUUUGUUUGCUUUUUCCCCCCACAGCAAUACUUCUAUGAGUAUGACUUUGAUGAGCUGAAGUCUCGUCCGAGGCAUGUGUGUCCCUAUGCAGUGGUCUCUUUCCAGUUCAAAGGCAAAGAUGCUCCUCUUCAAGCCAAGCCCAUGGCUCCCCUAAGGUACUCCAGCACAGAUAGAACAAUGAGACGGGUAUUUUACCGGAUGUAUAAAUGUGAAGCAUCCGCUUGGCGUUUCCACUCACUACCAAAUAUGGUAGGGAGAGGAAGCCCAAUGGCCGGCAGUGGGAGGAGAUGGAUUUUGGCCGACAUUCUGCACAUUUUCUCAUCGAUGAAACAUUUGAUCUCCAUACAGUUUUCUGUUCCCAAAACUAGAAUCGGUUACGAACACAGAGGACUAUGUUUUGUGGACUUUACACUUUGCCAAAGUUGUUAAAAAUUGCGUUAUUUACAAGGAGUUUAAAGGCAAAUUGAGUUAUUGCGCACUUCACAGAGUAGGCGUUCCCUAGCGGAAAUAUGUAGAUGCAUGCUAAAAUGGUCCAAUAGGAUCUCCCUAGCUCAUGCUUGGCUCUGCCCACCUCCUUGCUUGUUCUGCCCACUAUGACUCAUUAGUUCCCAUUGGAAACGACAGGCUGUGGACUACCUUUUGGUUUAAUUAUAUCCUAAUACAGGUAUAUAUGUGUUCAUGUGACAAUGUUAGGCAAAUGAUUUAGUUUUCCUUCCCCAUCAGGUCAAACAGCCAAACGUCUGAAGGAAGUACAGGUAAUCCAUAUCUUUUGAGACUAAUUCAUGAAUGGCUUUAAAAAUACGGUGGGUUUUAAAAAAUUGUAGUCAUUGAGCAGUGCUCGUAUACAGAGCGACUUCCACUGUGUUUGUGUUAUUUACUGAUGGCUGUCACGUCCCUGUGUCUACAGGCAGGAGUAAAUACACAGUGUGGAGUGGAGAGCUGGUGAAUGAGGGUAGGGCCGUGUCCCACGUCUCCUUCUGUUCCUUCUCGCCCCCCUUCCUGCCUUUCAAACUGUGAGUCAUGUGACCUGUUUUACAAAUCAAUGUCAACUUGUUAAUGAAGUCACCAUUUUAUGUAUUUAUUCAUAACGUUUGCUUUUUAGCCACGUUAAGUCUAAAGGUGUCCACGUGAGGAGGAUUCAGUGUUAGUAAAUGAACCUGUGUCUCUUUUGUGUGUCCGUCCGUCUGUAGGCCUGAGAAGCUGGAUCUGGGUCUAGUGAUGUGUAUCGACCAGGUGAAUCAGAUGAUCCCCUCAGCUCUGUUCUCCUGGAACCUGUACGCAGGCAGCCACGAAGGUACACCUUACAGGAGGGAACACAUGACACACACAGUGGUAAUAUAUACAUUAUGUUCAGUGAAAAGUUAGUGCACACUGCGAUCUAUGCUUCCACGUUGUACAACAUAGGGGUGGGUACCUGUUGUCUUUCUACUUGUGCGGUGUAGAUUUCACAGUGAUAUUUUAAUGUGUCUUGAAUACUCCGCUGUUCCUGCCAUAACCAACCAGCAAUUUGAAGAAGAGUCGCUGCUAUUCACAGGGCUUCUAACGUCUCUUCUGUAACAUCUGUGUGUGUGUGUGUUGGCUAUUCUAGUGUUGAAGAAUGGAAUCUACUGCAGCCUGCUGGAGGUGGUGAAUAAGAGCAAGUCGGGAGACCGUCUGGCAGCACUACUACAAGGCCUGGAGACACAGAGACUGGUAGGUCCAGGUCCAGGUCCUCCUGGAGGGCUACUGAGAAUGCAGGCUUUUGCUCCCGGCCUGCUCUAACACCUCUUCUAUGUGCAGGUGCUUGUCCACGCAUUGGCUGACAAAGGAUUCCUCUUCCUCCUGUCUUCAGUUCAGAUGGCUGCUCCGGCUGGUAGGUCAGAGUAGAAAGUAUGUUGUACUAAAACUGUGAAGGAGGUAAUUGCUCCAGUAAUGAUUUGUGUUUUUGUGUUUUUCAGAAAGAAGAGACGGGUGGAAAAGAGGCCUUCAAGCGCUCUUCGUUUUUCAAGAGUCGAGGGAUGUGACAAAAUACAGUACAAAUUCUCCAGCUACCCAGGAGCCUUUGCAGUCGUCAUCCUCCCCUGACACUGUGAUGCCCCAGCUGAACAGCUUUGUCCCGGCCCUGCAUCACGCCCUGGUCAAGGUGCGCUCCAACCCGCCCGCUGACCUCUCGGCCGGGGUCGAGCACCAGGCCAGGGACUAUCUAAGUGGACUUCACGAUGGAAAGGUAUAAAUGUGUGACAGUAUGAUAAUUAUAUGAUAUUAUAAACCAGGUAGUUUGGAUGCUGAUUGGCUGAAACCUGUGGUAUAUUGGCCAAUAUACAACACCCCCUUUGGCCUUAUUGCUUAAAUAUAUCAUAUUGAUUUAAAUGUUAUGUUUUGACUAGAUUUCUGUCUAGUCAAAGUUUUUCCCACAUGGUGCAAAGACAGCCAUAAGGUGUAUGUUAUUGAUGAUCUAUUAUGUGUGUUAUACUGUGUAGCUUUCUGUAUGACAUGGAGCUAGUGAUUUUCCAUGCAAGCAGACGGUAAAGUACUGCAUCAUCUCAUCAUCUCCUCUCUAGCUCCGCCACGUUCCCAUGACGGAGUACGACGCCAAGCUGGAUGACCGGGGGAAGCUCUUCCCGGCUCCAAAACACCAUAAGCUCAACAUGGAGGGCUACCUGCGCUCCUACGUCUACAGCCCUAACCUUUUCACCAUGCCCGUGGUCCGAGCCAAGGAGAUCAUGGAGAGUUACUGCGUCGUGCUUGAUGACAACAGCCCUGUGACUGACUGGGAGGGUGGCAGUAGGGCCAGCGGGAACAAGCCAGUGGUAGGGUCGGAGGUCGAGCCUAAUGGUGCCACUGCUGCCCAGCCCCCUGCGGUCCAGGUCAACCUCUCUCCUUUUCAGUCUCCUACUGACUCCAACCCUCAGAAGGUGAAGGAGCUGAUCAACCUGAUCCUGAAGUGUCGGAAGAACGCAGAGGGUGAUGUGAGGAAGAGAGGGGAGGCGCAGGGAGGAGCGAAGGAGGGGGCAGGGCCGUUGGACCCCCGUGGGCUGAAGAGGAAGCUGGAGAGGGAGACUGCAGAGAGGACUCUGAAGUACCUGAAAAGGGCCUCACAGGAGAGGGGUGGAGUGGACAGCAGACCAGGUAUGAUAGGCCUUACUGAGGGGUCGUGGUGCCUUGGAAUUGCUUCAAUACUGUGGCACUGUCUUUGGGAUAACAUAGGUCCCAGAGUUUUCCCUUGACAGGUCAGAUAAACUCCUAGCCUGCCUAGGCAUAAGGAAAGCAUGUUGAUGUCAAGCUUCUCUUAGAUCUAGGCUCUCAAGUGUGUCUAUGGGCAACUUCCUGACACUCCUAGCAAAACAGAUACAUUACAUCUUGAGUUGAUCCCAAUCUAUCUUCUGUUCUCACUUCCUCCCUCUAGCUGAAGGGGGCCAGAGCCAGUCCUGUCUGUCCUCUCUGAUGCUCCACAGUGUGGGUCUGAGAGACGUGGACCUAAGGAGAGACGGAUCAGAGGCUGCUGUCAAGUUACUGAAAAUGUUAACCAGCCUGAAGAAUGCUGCAGGUCAACAUCCACAGGGUUCUGAGGGGAGAGGAGGAGGGUCAAGAGAAGGGACGGAGCAAACUGAAGCUCUGCUGUUUGAUAGGAUGAUCAAGCUGGGUCUGCCGCCCAAUCAGGACAUUGACCUGAGGAAACGACCUUCUGGGGGCCUGCAGGACAAGUCUGAGUACUUAGAGGUACUGAACUAAACUGGCAUUAUCACUUCAAAGAUGAUAUCCCCAACUCUGAUAUGCUUCCAACAGUGAUUUCACAAAUAAAUCACUUAGGAGCUAUCAGUAUGAAUUCAAUUACUGUAAAUCCAAGUGCAAUAUGGGUGUGUCCUAUGUGUACAUGACAUUGUAUUCUCAUGUGUGUGUCUCUCUGUCUGUCUCUGUGUGUGUGUGUGUAGGAGCAGGCAGCAGGCAGCGUGAGCAGUCUGGAGGGCUUCAGCCCCAGUUCCAACGGUGAAAUGCCCAGGAGAUCGCACUCACAAUAUCAGGGGGAGGAGCAGAUUCCAUGGGUCCUCAUCCCCAUCACAGGUAAGGAUGGACUAUCCCAUCCCCUCUGUGUCGCCUGACGGGGGGUCGAGCGUGCCCAAGCCUUGUUCAAUAAUCCAGAGUCUUGCAAUAGUUGCCGAGGACUGGUCUACAGAGGACACCGUAAUGCGCAGCCCCCUCCCGAGGCCCCUCUACGUCCAAGCCUGUCACAGUUGGAGACACAACAAUUGAGGCUGUUCUGAGUGCAAAAGGGGGUGCAACUCAAUAUUAGGAAGGUGUUCCUAAUGUUUUGUACACGCAGUGUAUGCUAUGUAGAACAGACUUGGUGUUUCUCGGGCAUGUAGAGUAUAGAAUCGCGGAAGCUCUAUAUAGGCUAAGACCUUUUUCUUCUGCAAUGACCAAGCCUCCGACCAGCUCUGCUUGGGAUACCAGGUUCACGUGACAUCGCUUACACAAGGUCGGCCUCUUCGGAGGAAAGGAAGGUCAACCGUUUGCCCUCGAGACAGCCACCUUCAUUUUUCACCAUGUGCUCGAUUGGCUUCCUGACCAAUCCGGAUCCGCCCGUGACGGGCACAUGCAUCGGCUCAGCCUUAGGCAACAAUAAACGCAGACAAUCAAAAGGACAAAUAGCCUAAAAUAGCGACAGAUAUUAGAUUUUUAUUUAUUUAUUUUUUAGUUGGAUUGAAAAUAAGUGUUUAGCUCAUUAGGCCUAUAUUACAAAAUAGUAUAUUGCUAAGUCUGAUUGUGUUAUAUGCUACACAGCUGACAUUAUUUUAGCAACACAAACAAGUAGGCUAGCCUAAAAUUAUACGAAGUCAGUCAACAUACUAUUUUGGGCUAUUUUGAAUUAAAAUCAGUCUGCCAUUUUUAACUCAGUAAGACUCUCGCGUUAGCUAUCUAUAGAUACAGAAAGUACAUUCAAACCUGUAAAAUGUUUCAUUAGAAUUUUCCUCCUCAAAUAAAGUCAGUAUUAGAUCAUUUUUCUGUGCGCUCAAGUGAAGAACGGGGGGCAAGGCUAUCUCUUGUCUUGCGUACUUCAAAUAGGCUGCUAAACCUGUCUGAGGCUAGUAGGCUGCUAAACCUGUCUGAGGAUAGUAGGCUGCUAAACCUGCCUGAGGCUAGUAGGCUGCUAAACCUGUCUGAGGCUAGUAGGCUGCUAAACCUGCCUGAGGAUAGUAGGCUGCUAAACCUGUCUGAGGCUAGUAGGCUGCUAAACCUGUCUGAGGCUAGUAGGCUGCUAAACCUGUCUGGGGCUAGUAGGCUGCUAAACCUGUCUGAGGCUAGUAGGUAGCUAAACUGCUGAAGGAUAGUAGCCUGACAAACUUUCUGAGGAUAGUAGGCUGCUAAAUAAUGAGGUAUAGAUAGCUUAACCUGUCUGGGCUAGUGAGGGGGCUAACUGUCUGGGCUAGUAGGACUGUAAACCUGCCAAUAGAAAAGCUGCAGGUGCGAGGUGCAGUCACUCUUCCAUAGGCUACCUGUGAGUAGCAGUAGCUAGUAGUCUAACGGGUGACAGCAUGUGCAGCGAAUCUGACUAUCCUACUUUCUCAGCACCAUCACUCACGUACCACAAUAAGAAAAUACCAGGAAGACUGUUUUUUAAAUAUGUGUAAAGAAAUAUAAAUUGAUUUACAUUUCUGUGAGAAGCGGAUCUUGCUGAUAUGUGAUAUGUGAAACUAUUAUGAUAUUUUGUAAUACCUUUUCCUCCUGUGCAGGGUUGAAGUCAAAGAAGUACUGCCAGAGAGAGAAGGACAACCCUCAGGACCCACGCUUCGUACCCCAGAUCCCCAUGGCAACCAGCAGCUACCCCCCCUGUGUUCCGGAGCGAAGGGAAAGAAACUUCACCCCUACGCUAGAGGAGCCCCCAGAGCCUAGCCCCAGUCCUCCCCUAGAGGAGCCAGAAGAGCACAGCCCCGUCCCCAGUCCCUACCCCAGUCCCUACCCCAGUCCCUACCCCAGUCCUUACCCCAGUCCCUGCCCCAGUCCCAUAGAGGAUGAUGAGCAAUUAGCUGAAACCCCCUGUGACCCCACAGAAAUAACCAACAACGAAAAGACAACCACAGACAAGACAAACCAGAGCCUCCUUCAGAUCCCUGUUACUCCAGAGAGCACCAGCCUUCCAGAGAAAAGCAGCUACCCAUCCCCCUCCCCUGAGCCAGGGCCAGCUGAAGAACCAACCCAUACUAACCCUAGCCCCGUGGAGGCUGGCCAGGAACAACCUGAAGGCAGCACAGGAAAAUAUAUACCAACUGUUGUGGCAUUUGAAGACCGAAGAACAAUGGAGGUUGAACAGGAAGAGGAGGUUGUUGAAGAGAGAGAGGAGGAGGAACAGGUGACUGAGGAAGUGGAGGAGGAGGAAGAUGUGAUGGAAGUGGUAGAUGAGGAGGAACAGGUGACGGAGGAUGUGAAAGAGAAAGAUGAUGUGGAGGAGGAGAACGUGGUGAUGGAAGUGGAGGAGCAGCUGGAGGAAGGGGAAUUGGUGGAGGACGAGAACAAACAUGUGGAAGAGGAGGUGGAGACAGAGUCUAAACAGACAGAGCAGGUGUCACCCAGACCACCCUCCCCCAUUCCUCCUGUCCAUAAUCGCCAACCCAUCCAGAAUCCUCCUCUUGUCCAGAAUCCUCCUCUUGUCCAGAAUCCUCCUCUUGUCCAGAAUCCUCCUCUUGUCCAGAAUCCUCCUCUUGUCCAGAAUCCUCCUCUUGUCCAGAAUCCUCCUCUUGUCCAGAAUCCUCCUCUUGUCCAGAAUCCUCCUCCUGUCCAGAAUCCUCCUCCUGUCCAGAAUCCUCCUCCCGUCCAGAAUCCUCCUCCCGUCCAGAAUCCUCCUGUCCAGAGGCCCGUUCUGACCGGAGUGGAAGGUAUCCUGGACCAGCAGUUCAGUGACUUCUCCACAGAGAUGCAGAUCCUCCUGCUCAGAGAGAGCGUCCACUACAACUCACCGCUCCUCCAUACCCAGAAUGCUCCACAGCAGCUCCUGGUGCCUCUGCUCCUGCACUUCUCAGAGUACGUCUCCUUCUACAACUCCUCCCCUCCCAUGCAGGCCUACGUCUCCUCGCUCCGAGACCGCAUGGGCACCAUCAUAGACACACAGGAGCAAUGGAUUCCCAGCACGUUAGCCACCCACCCUGCCCUGGUCUCAUCUAACACUAACCACGUUAGCCACCCACCCAUCUUAGCCACCCACCCUGCCCUGGUCUCAUCUAACACUAACCACCACCACGCUGACCACGCUCCUCCUACCACUACAUACAACUGGAACCCUUCUCUCUGUGGCACUAAGUCUCCGUCUGUCCCCAGCCACCGCCUCUCUCCUGCUCCUGGCCUUAGCCUUGCUGUGUCUCAGUCUGUCCCAAGUCGUCACUCUCCUACGCUGUUUGCCCCUGGUCUUGAUAGCUCAAACUCUUACAGUUCUCUACCUGUGUCUCAGUUUCACUCAGCUGAAUCUCAUUUUAAUAGUAAUAAUAAUAAUAGUGCAACGAUUCCCUCUUCAUUGUUUCCCGGCACGGCCUGUCCUCCUACUCUCUACAACAACCCACCCCAGACACAGACGGGCCUACCUCAACUCAGCUCCAGUCUAGCGCCACUGCCCCUCCAACCACUGGACAGCCAAUGGACAACCACAACACAGAACCCUGGCUCAGACGGGAGACUGGGAACCUGCAAACCAAGUGAUAUGUCAAAAGGAAAUAAGUGGACAACCACAACACAGAACCCUGGCUCAGACGGGAGACUGGGAACCUGCAAACCAAGUGAUAUGUCAAAAGCAAAUAAGUGGACAACCACAACACAGAACCCUGACUCAGACGGGAGACUGGGAACCUGCAAACCAAGUGAUAUGUCAAAAGCAAAUAAGUGGACAAACACAACACAGAACCCUGACUUGGAUGUCCGAGGGCUACGAGCAAAGUGCAAGCCGCAAACAAGUGCCAUGUUUGAAUCAAAAGACGAUGUCAUAAUGGUGGAUCAGCCGGUUUCAGCAGCCAAUGUGGAGGCUCCCCCUCCUCGCACUCAGAUGAUUGACAGUUUGUCAGGGGUGGGAGGGCCAGUGGUAGAGCCUGGGCCAGGUCCCGCCCCCCCUUUAGCCAUCAGUAGUCUGAUCAGCCAGCUGAAGCCGGAGUUGUUCAGUAACCUGGUGGAGAUUAUAAAGGAUGUCCAGAAGAACUCUGUCCAGUUCUACAUCCACACACAGGAGGGGGAGAGGGAGGUCUCCCACCACAUCAAGGUUAUUGUAAAGCAACUGCUAAUGUAAAAAGAGCUUUAUAAAUACAUUGGAAUGAUUGAAUGGGGUCUGGGGCGUACACAUGUAGUCACACACACACCAAGCUCUCUCUUUUCAUUGCAUGUUUAAAUGUGUGUGUAUUGUAGCAGCAUCAAUGUAUGAAACUGAACUUGUUUCUCUGUUGUCCCACUAGGAGUACCUGCAGAGGUUGGGGAACGUGGAACGCAGUCCUGUGAGUUUCCUGGAGAGAGAGAACCGGAUGGACAAACUAAUGGUUCUCAUCCAGAACAAGGACAUUGCAGCGCACAUUCAUAAGGUACACUACAAUAAUAUUAACGAUAUCAGUUCUAGUCAUGACAUUUCUAUGACAUUAUUAUUUCUACGUAAUAUAUCAGAACGUCCCACAACGUUGUGCCUUGCUGAACGCGGACCUGGUAACUAACAUGCUUGGCAUCUUCUUUGUUUUAAUGAAAGAAAGUUGACCUACUGUUCCGCUAUUGGCAGUUCACAACAUCAGUAACAGCUCUAAGGUGUUAUUAAUAAGGUGUCAUUAAGUUAAUCAUGCUGGUAUGCGUGUGGUGGUCAGAUCCCGGCGCUGGUGCAGCUGAAGAGGCAGCCGUCGGUGAUCUUUGCUGGAGUAGACAGUCUGGACGAUGUGAAGAACCACACCUACAACGAGCUGUUUGUUUCCGGAGGAUUCGUCGUCUCAGACGAGUUUGUCCUCAACCCCGAAUACAUCACUCACGGUGAGUCUGCGUUUUAGAGGGAUGGACUCAGAAGACAACCCACCUGCUUCUCUGGCUUUGGGUAGACGUUGAGCCAAGAGGAUACUCACAACGUGUGUCCAGUGUGUCUGGGACUGGCGCAUGGCCAAAUUGGGACUUGACCAACUGCCAGUUUUCUUAUUGUUGACCAGCAGGGGUUUUACAUGCACGUUUUUAGAAGAUGAAGUAACUGAGUAACAUGUUGUGUUGUAGAGCGUCUGCGGGUGAUUCUGAUGUUCCUGGACCAACAGAACUCAGCGGAGAGCCUGUGGAGGUGGAGGGUCCACUGGAAGACCCAGAAGAAACUGAAGGAACAAUCCAGGUACUGGUGCUUUUUAAAUGGUCAAUGUUCAAUAGCUCCAACAUAAAAUGAUUAUGAACAAACUCGAAGGCAGUUUUUGUUGCGUUGGUGAAACUGUAGUAUGCACUAAACUCUGAACUAAGACUUAACUACAUUUGACAUUUUAGUCAUUUAGCAGAGUACAUGUUUAUCCAGAAUGACUUAAAAGGGGCAAUCAGCAAUUGCUACAUACAUUUUUGGACUUAUAAAUUAAUUAUAUGUACCCAUUGAUUCUUGAAGAAUAUAACUUAUAAAUGCCUUAUGAGCUUAGUUUAACUGUCGUACCCCAUCAGAACCUAAAAUAUAAGUUUGUUUAACUUCAAUGUUUGUAAACAAUGGAAAUGCAAACAAACAGUGUAAAUCCUCAAAACAUGGUUCAAACGAUCAUGUUGAUAUCAUGGAUGUUCAGUCCUCAAAACGAUCAUGUUGAUAUCAUGGAUGUUCAGUCCUCAAAACGAUCAUGUUGAUAUCAUGGAUGUUCAGUCCUCAAAACGAUCAUGUUGAUAUCAUGGAUGUUCAGUCCUCAAAACGAUCAUGUUGAUAUCAUGGAUGUUCAGUCCUCAAAACGAUCAUGUUGAUAUCAUGGAUGUUCAGUCCUCAAAACGAUCAUGUUGUAUCAUGAUGUUCAGUCCUCCAAAACGUCCUGUUGAUAUCAUGGAUGUUUCAGUCCUCAAAACGAUCAUGUUGAUAUCAUGGAUGUUCAGUCCUCAAAACGAUCAUGUUGAUUAUCAUGGAGGUUCAGUCCUCAAAACGAUCAUUGUUGAUAUCAUGGAUGUUCAGUCCUCAAAACGAUCAUGUUGAUAUCAUGGAAUGUUCAGUCCUCAAAACGAUCAUGUUGAUAUCAUUGGAGGUUCAGUCCUCAAAACGAUUCAUGUUGAUAUCAUGGAUGUUCAGUCCUCAAAACGAUCAUGUUAAUAUCAUGGAGGUUCAGUCCUCAAAACAUGGUUAAAACGAUAAUGUUGAUAUCAUGGAGGUUCAGUCCUCAAAACAUGGUUAAAAUGGUCAAAUCAAAUUGUAUUUGUCACAUGCGCCGAACACAACAGGUGUAGACCUUACAGUGAAACGCUUACUUACAAGACCUAACCAACAAUGCAGUUUUAAGAGAAAUAACUUAAGUAAUCAAUAGAUAAGUACAGAGUCAAUAUACAGGCUAUAUACAGGGGGUACCGGUACAGAGUCAAUAUACAGGGGGUAACGGUACAGAGUCAAUAUACAGGCUAUAUACAGGGGGUACCGGUACAGAGUCAAUGUGUGGGGGCACCGCUUAGUCAAGGUAAUUUUUAGGGCCUUCCUCUGACACCCCCUGGUAUAGAGGUCCUGGAUGGCAGGAAGCUUGGCCCUAGUGAUGUACUGGGCCGUACGCACUAACCUCUGUAGUGCCUUGCGGUCGGAGGGCGAGCAGUUGCCAUACCAGUCAGGAUGCUCUUGAUGGUGCAGCUGUAUAACUUUUUGAGGAUCUGAGGACCCAUGCUUUGAUAUCAUAGAGGUUCAGUCCUUGCAUCCAUAGCUCUGUCCAAGAAUUUGAGGGAUUACAUUUUCUCCAGGCCCAUCCCUAAGCUUUUUACCAAAACAGUGGCGGUGAGUACGCUUUGUUUCAACAGCUGAUUGGCCCUUUAAUGAAAUAAGUAGAAUUUCUGUUCAAAAUUUUCCCCCUAACUUCUCAGAUUUGAUUGAACUGAUAUCCUCCUGAUCUCUGUCCCCAUCCAGGUUUAAAAGUGAAGCCAGGAAGAUCUUGAACCUGCUGACCACGUACCAAAAGAAGAACAUUGUGGAGUUCCUGCCGUACCAUGAGUGUGAUGCUCCGUCUCGCCCCGCCCCCGACCUGGACUGUCUCCUCAAGCUGCAAGCACAGCACAUUCAGCAACGACACAUCAUCUUCCUCACAGGUAACACACACACACUACCUAGACUGUGAUCAAGCUGCAGGCCUGGUACAUCCGGCAAAGACACAUUUCCCUCACAGGUAACACACACACACACACACACACACACACUAAACUAAUGCUUCUCUUUGUUUUUCUGUUCCAGAGAGCCACUACGAGAUGUUCCCCCACUACUCCAGCACUGGCAUCGUCAUCGCCAACAUCAACGACAUCAUGCACAACUUCGGUGGCCUAGUUGGUUUCCAUGACAUCAGAGACAAGCGGUCUACCUCAGAGGACCUCAUAGCUGCAGCUACCACAGGUAGUUAGUAUGGGUCAUAUUUAGGAACAGGAGUUUUUCCACUGACCAUAGCCUGUAACUAAGGCCCAGAGUUUGUUCUGGUCAGGUCACAUGGUCAGGAAAUGCUGUUGGCCAAUAGCAUAUCACAGAAUCAUAUUGUUUUCGUAGCUUUUUUGGGUAAAAGAGGCAUCUAAACAUGAUCUCUAGAGCACAGAACAAUUCUGCCCUUCCCAAUGUUUUACAAUUUACCCACAACCCUGACUAUUGAAACCUUUUGUAUUUUCCAUCCACAGUCCGAGAGGAAAAGCGUGUGCUGGAGGAACCCAUCCUCCUGGACUCCCCCUCCUCCCCAGAUCGCCUGGUGGACCGCUUGUCCACUCCGCUGAACGAGGACGACUUCCGUCCGCCCCUCCCCGACCAGCUGGUCCCUGAUGCGGGGACCCCCAUGGAGCUCAACUUCCAGGCCCUGAAGGAGGCCAUCUCUCAGUUCAAGGCUGAUAAGGCUGCUCGGUCACAGAUGGCACCUCCAGAGGUGGAGGGGGAGGGACCAGACUCCCCACCAGGACCAAGGAUUCCUGGCCUGGGUACAGACUCACCGGGGGGUCUAGGGGACUCUGGAGUUAAUUUCCUCACCCCUGGUCCUGGUCUCACCCCUGGUCCUGGCCUCCUCACUCCUGCCCCUGGUCUCACCCCUGGUCCUGGCCUCCUCACUCCUGCCCCUGUCUCUCUCCUCUCCAGCCAGUCCCCUGCUGGAAUACACAAGAAAGUGGGACUGACUCCCACAUGGCAGGCCGAAGAAGCUACCCUCUCCUCCCUCCACUCUAAGCUGGGUCUGAGUGGAACUGGUGGUGCUGAGGUGACCAGUGACAUGUCUCUGUGUGGCUCCCAGGACAGACUGAACGCUUUCAGCAGCCACCGGGGUCCUAUAGCUGGCAUUGUCACUGAGGGCCACGGAGAGUCAGGAGCCACACCCAGCAACGCUAACGACCCCCACGGCCCUGAGCCUCCAAGGACCCAGGGGGAGAACACUAAACCCAGCCCAGUGGCAGGCAGCCUCCAGGGGGGAGGAGGAAUGACUGACGAGGCCCCUAGCAGCCCCCUCCCUGGUCCUCCUGGUCCCAGGGCAGCAGCCCCCCGGCAUGGUGGUGUUGGGGAUAACAUAGCGGCAGCUGCAGACAGACUGGCACAGGCAGCCAGACAGCAGCAGAGAAACGGCUUGUUACCCAUGCCUAAUACACUGUUCCUUAACAGCAACCUCAAUAUGCACAACCAUGGCAUGAGCGUAUUGCAACGGCCCAUGUUGAACAGGCUGGAAGGACCUGCAGGACUGGGAGGUAUCAGAGCAUUGAUGCCUAACGCCAUGGCAUGGGCUAGGAUGGGCCAGGCAGGGGGGCCCGAGUCCUGUCUAUGGGCCCUUCAGCACCAGAACAUGGGGCUGGGGGGCCACACCUUCCCUCCUCGACUGAUGGGGAACCCUCAUCACCCCUGGGGGGGUAACCAGACAGCUAACCAGGGGCGUGGGAAUGGCCCUUGGAAGCGGUGA